AUGAAGUCAGAGAAGCAAAUGUUUGAGAACUCGGACAAACAGAAUAAUUCAGCACCGGCUCAAUGGAAACUCAAAGAUCUUAAGAAUACCGCAGGCCGAGAUUCAUCUUCAACUGUCUGUACUAUGAUAGGACGAGCAGGAGACAUCGAGGAAUCGCCCGGGGCGAGGACCUGGGACAUCUUGAUAGAGGGAACUGCUUGGAAGGAGAAAAGUUAUUAUAAAGAGUCAUCCAAUCAAAGUGUCCAAUGUGAUGUCCAAGUAUUAUCAUUGAUAAGGUCGGAGGUCGGGGUCACACCUAGAGGCGCAAUCAGACGUCUUUUAUGUCCGCCGGCGGGCAUCCCUGCUGCCGUCACCAGCCUCCGCAGAUACCCUCAUAAUCUUCAAAUCUAA